GGGUUGGCAAGUCGAUCCGUCACCAGGGCCGAAAACGUCACUUCCGGAUCCAUUCCGGAUCCAUUCGUUAUCAACUACCAUGUAAACACAAUGUAAUAAAACUCGACAAGAAGCGGAUUAAAAAUGGUACAGUGCUGUGUCCCGUUGUGUAAGAACAGAAACGACGUCGACAAAGGAUUCCCCUUUUACCGUUUUCCUGUCGACGAGAAAGUCAGCAAAAAGUGGCUGAAGUUGAUACGACGUGACAAUUUCACUCCAACUCCUAAUACCAGGAUCUGCGGGUGGCAUUUCCCGAAUGGAAAGGCAGCCGGACCCACAAGAUUUGCAUGGAACGAGGGAAAGGCUUUUCAGUCCAUUGAACAGCCAUCCAAACGACUGAAGACACUCCCUGUCACUGAGGAAGAGGAAGACGAGGCAGAGGCAGGUUCAUGCCACCUUGAAGUUCAACGAUCAACCGAAUUGUUGCAAAUGGAGAAUGCCCAACUGAAAGAAGAAAAUUUAAGAUUGCAUGCACAACUACAGAAUCAUAAGCAAACAUUUUCAUUCGACCAAAUAUCCUCUGUGCCCCGCAAAGUCAUUUAUUACACAGGCAUGCCUGAUGCUGCCACAGUUUUCUUUCUAUAUGCCCUUCUUUCCAAAUUUCCCCUCAAGUAUCACUAUGAUUGGACUGUCCAAAGUAUGCCACUAAUUGAUCAAUUGCUGUUAACUCUGAUGAAGCUCCGGCUGAAUUGUGGGAUCGAAGACCUCUCCACCAGAUUUAACUGCAGUCGAACCACAGUCACCAAUAUUUUUAUGACCAUCUCCAGUGCCCUUUAUGACAUCUUGUACGUUGGAAUGAUGGAAAACAACAUCCCUUCCCGUUUCAAAAACCAAACCUCCCUGCCAGAGUGCUUCCUCCCAUUCCCCAACUGCCGUAUUGUGCUUGACUGCACUGAAGUGGCUGUCUGCAACACCGAAAGCCUUGAGGACCAAAGUAAGCUGUACAGCCAUUACAAAGGAUGCACCACACUUAAGGCUCUGGUCGGUGUGGCGCCCAAUGGAGUUAUCACGUUUGUUAGUGAACUGUAUGGUGGGAGCAUAUCCGACAAAGCCAUAACAGCUGACAGUGGAGUGCUGGAACAACUUGUUCCAGGGGACAUGGUGAUGGCUGACAAGGGCUUCACCAUCCGCGACAUUUUGCCCGAAGGUGUUUCCCUCAACAUCCCCACAUUCCUUGUCGAUGGACAGUUCACAUUGCAGGAAGUUCAGUAUAAGAGAGUCCAUGUGGAACGUUCUAUUCAGCGCCUGAAAACAUUUCGGAUUUUAAAAGAGAUCCCACAUCAGUACAAGAAACAUGGAAACAAGAUCUGGAAAGUGUGUGUGUGCUUGAUGAACUUACAGACACCCAUCCUGAGGGAAGUAGAUGUCUGA